GCCGGGCCGGUGUUUCGCAGCCCUACAGCCAUGGGGGGCGGCGCUUCCAUCCUGCUCCUCGCCCUCGCCGUGGCCCUGGCACAGGGUCUUGCUCCUGCAGAGAGGAAGUGCCAGCUCAGCGGACUGUGGAGGAAUGACCAGGACUCACUGAUGGAGAUUUCGGUGUUGAGGGACAACGGGGACUUCCAGGGGCAAUACCUCACACGAGCCACCCUCUCCGGGGGCUGUGCCCAAAUCUCUCCCCUGAUGGGAGCCCAGCAGCAGCUUGGAGAGGAGGGCUGGCCCACCUUUGCCUUCACUGUGCGCUGGGACAAGUUCUCCAAUGCCACCACCACCUUCGUGGGGCAAUGCUUUGUGGAUGCAGGUGGAAAGGAGAUACUGAGCACCAUGUGGCUGCUGCGUGAAGCUGUCGGGUCACUUGAGGAGGACUGGAAAGCCACAAGGGUGGGCAGGAAUGUCUUCACACGCAAACGCACCACAAAAGGAAAGAUCCUGCCGAACUUGUCCCCUCCCUGUGAGGCUGUGUCUUCACCAGGCCCAUGAUGGGAUGGUCUGGCUGCAGCCUAAGCCCCCAACAAGGCAAGAAAAACCUACCUCCCAGCUGAGAAUAAAAUUUUAAAAUCAUCAA